GAAAUGAAUUCCAUUAAUCUGGAUAUACAAGGGAUAAAGUCUGAAAGACUUAUUCGGAAGUAAUAACCGCGUCUCUCCUCCUACCACUUUCUUUCUCCCUUCAAUUACCGUCAGGUAAACGCAUUCCUUGCACUUUUUCACAAGUUGGACCUUUGCAAGUGUCCUGUCACUCGUUGAUCACGAACAACUCGUCUUCACCCUCGCUCUCUCCACAUCUUCACUCUUUUCUUCUAUUUAGAUCAUAAUAUUCGACAUGAUCUCCGCAUUUGCAACUGUUGUCCUGUCCCUCAUUGCUACGUCUGCAGUAUCUGCGCGCGCCGUUCCUCGCGCGACCGCCCCCCAAGGCUGGGACACCGCAGCUCUUGAGCCCUAUGACACCUACCAUUGCAGGUAUAUCGCAAUCGGGUGUCAAAAUCAGCACAACACGCCAUUCUUUUCCGCUUGCUGCCACCCCCUUGCGGCUAACGAGAGCGCUAGCGCUCUUCCCGCUGAGUGCCAGUUGCCCUCUGGCUCCACCUGCAGCAAUGGUGAACUUGUAUCGACUGGUGGGACUGAUGAUGGUUGUGACGAUGGUCCCUCAUCGACUCCAACAGCUUCUGCUUCUACGUCCUUCACGAGCAGCACCACUGUGAACUUUACUCCUGCGCCCACUACGAGCAGUAGUUCACCCACCGUGAGCGUUGCCCCUGCUCCCACCACUACGAGCAGUAGUUCGCCCCCCGUGAACGUCGCCCCUCCUCCGACUACAUCGCACACUCCCACGUACACCUCCUCUGCCGUAGCAUCGACGACCGCGCCAUCGACUGGUUCUAGCGACAGCAGUCUCAACUAUGGCGGAUUUGCAACUUACUUCUACCAGAACGGCGUCGCAGGUGCAUGCGGAACAGUACACUCCGAUUCUGACUUCAUCUGCGCUAUCGAUCAGACCCGUUAUGGCAACUCUGGCAAUACUUCCCCUCUUUGUGGCCAACAGGUUACAAUUACAAACACUGACAAUGGCAACACCGUCACGGUAACCAUUGCUGAUGAUUGCCCGACUUGUGCAAAUGAAAACUCCAUCGACCUCUCAGUUGCUGCCUUUGAAGCUCUUGACAGCCUCUCCGUCGGCGAUAUUCCCAUUACGUGGAGUUUUACCUAGUCGUGCCUUGGCAAGCACUGGUUGCCCCUUGCGUCGUUCACUGUUUUCAGUCCUUUCUUUGUCGCAUUGAUGCGUUGUUUGUUUUGACGGGCUAGUCCCGUUGGAGCGCGGUAGCUGACCUUGGCAUUCAGGAGACCAGUGACCCUGGUGGCUCUUGGUCUCCACGGCCACGAUCAAAUGCCCAUUCCCUCCACUGGCAACACAUGUUUAUUGUUCGCUCAUGUUUAUAUGGCUUUGCAAUCACUCGGAAUCACGCAUAUUCACGAAUUUCUUUUGUUAUCGGGUCUUUAUUGUAUUCAGGGCAUGCAAUAUAUGUUCCAUACAUUGUUGAUAGCUAGCUACAGUAGUGUUGGAUGCUUGGUCAUGUCAUAUUAACAUAGACAGCGCAGCGCGCAAUAAGAUAGAUAUUAAAUCAUC